AUGUAUGGCACUGGGAUAUUUGUGUUAAUUUGUGCAGAGGUUAGAUGCCCAGCCCCACAGAUCCGGAAUGGAAGAAGAGUAUCUGGUGACAGACAGGUCUAUUCGUAUAAAGACAGUGUUACCUUUGAGUGCGAUCCCGGCUACACCAUGAAGGGUCACAGUCUGAGUCAGUGCCAAACUGAUGACACGUGGGAUCCACCUUUGCCCAUCUGUGAGCCAGCGACGUGCAUGAUCCCAGAAGUGGAGAAUGGAAGAACCAAUGGGGUACAGCCUGCCUACGGACCCAGAGACACAGUUGUGUUCGAAUGCGACCCUGGUUUCACCUUGAGUGGCAGCCCCGAGACUCAGUGCCAAGAUGAUGGUAGAUGGGAUCCUCCUGUCCCUGUCUGUGAAAGAAUGCUGCAAUGUCCCUCUCCUCCAGCCAUUGCCAAUGGGAAGCCCAGCAUCAGGGCCUUGGCAGUGUUCACCACUGGAACAUCUGUAAAUUACAGCUGUGAGCCCGGCUACUCCCUAACUGGGCAGGCAUCUAUUUAUUGUACGGCAUCUGGAACAUGGAGCCCUCCUCCCCCUCAGUGUGAAGAGGUUCUCUGCAUCGCCCCAGAAAUCAAGAAUGGAAGAAAAGUAGCUGGACGUGGACCUGUCUAUAGACCCAGGGACACAGUUAGAUUUGAAUGUGAUCCUGAUUACACCCUGAAUGGCAGCCAUCAGAUUCAGUGCCGAGAUGAUAGAACCUGGGAUCCUCCUGUUCCAGUCUGCAUACAGGCGUUGCCGUGUCCUCCACCUCCGGUCAUUGUCAGAGGGAAGCACAAUGCCAAGCCAUUGGCAGCUUUCCCCAGUGGAACAUAUGUGAACUACAACUGUGAACCCGGCUACGCCCUCCGGGGAGAGGCUACGAUCUAUUGUACCACAUCUGGAACUUGGAGUCAACCUUCUCCUCUAUGUGAAGAGGGCUGUGGUGUCCCUACGAGGCUAAGCUUUGCUGAGCUGAAGAGCGAGUAUAAAAAUCAGUCUUACUUUCCUGUUGGGAAGACUAUAAACUAUACUUGCCGGCCUGGAUACAGCAGACAGCCACGGAUGCAAUCCACUAUUACGUGUCUUGAAAAUCGAACGUGGUCAGAAGCAUUCGAGUUCUGUAAAAAGAAAUCGUGUGGUCAUCCCGGAGAGCCGGAGAACGGCAGAGUUAUUAUAACAGAUCUCCUCUUUGGGUCAACCGUCAACUUCGCUUGUGAAGAAGGGCACCGGUUGAUUGGACGGCCUUACAGACGAUGUGAGAUUUCUGGCACGCGUGUUGCAUGGAGCAGUGAUAUUCCCAUUUGUGAGCGUAUUCCGUGUCUUCCGCCUCCAGACAUCCCCAAUGGAAAACGCACUGGCAAGUUCAUGAAAAACUUCUCUUAUGGGUCAGCUGUAACCUACAAAUGUGACAGUGGUUACCCACUCACUGGAGAGGCCUCUAUUCACUGCACAACUGAGGAUGGGCUAAACGGAGUGUGGAGUGCGCGUCCCCCUCGGUGUGGAGAGGUUAGAUGCCCAGCCCCACAAAUCCAGAAUGGAAGAAGAGUAUCUGGUGACAGACAUGUCUAUUCGUAUAAAGACAGUGUUACCUUUGAGUGCGAUCCCGGCUACACCAUGAAGGGUCACAGUCUGAGUCAGUGCCAAACUGAUGACACGUGGAAUCCACCUCUGCCCGUCUGUGAGCCAGUGCUGCAGUGUCCCUCUCCUCCAGACAUCGCCAACGGGAAGCCCAGCGUCCAGGCCUCGGCAGUGUUCACCACUGGAACGUCUGUAAAUUACAGCUGUGAGCCCGGCUACUCCCUUACUGGGCAGGCAUCUAUUUAUUGUAUGGCAUCCGGAACGUGGAGCCCUCCCCCUCCUCGGUGUGAAGAGGUUCUCUGCAUUGCCCCAGAAAUCGAGCAUGGAAGAAAAGUAGCUGGACAUGGACCUGUCUAUAGACCCAGGGACACAGUUAGGUUUGAAUGUGAUCCUGGCUACACCCUGAAUGGCAGCCGUCAGAUUCAGUGCCAAGAUGAUAGAACCUGGGAUCCUCCUGUUCCAGUCUGCAUACAGGCCACGUGCAUAAGCCCAGAAGUGAAGAAUGGAAGAACAAAUGGAGUACAGCCUGCCUACAGACCCAGAGACAUCGUUGUGUUUGAAUGCGACCCUGGUUACACCUUGAGCGGCAGCCCAGAGACUCAGUGUCAAGAUGAUGGUAGAUGGGAUCCUCCUGUCCCUGUCUGUGAAAGAAUGCUGCAGUGUCCCUCUCCUCCAGCCAUUGCCAACGGGAAGCCCAGCGGCUGGGACUUGGCAGUGUUCACCAGUGGAAUGUCCGUAAAUUACAGCUGUGAGCCCGGCUACUCCCUAACUGGGCAGGCAUCUAUUUAUUGUACGGCAUCCGGAACGUGGAGCCCUCCCCCUCCUCAGUGUAAAGAGGUUCUCUGCAUCACCCCAGAAAUCGAGAAUGGAAGAAAAGUAGCUGGACGUGGACCUGUCUAUAGACCCAGGGACACAGUUAGGUUUGAAUGUGAUCCUGGCUACACCCUGAAUGGCAGCCAUCAGAUUCAGUGCCGAGAUGAAGGAACCUGGGAUCCUCCUCUUCCAGUCUGCAUACAGGUGACGUGCAUAAGCCCAGAAGUGGAGAAUGGCAGAACAAAUGGGGUACUACAGCCUGCCUACAGACCCAGAGACAUCGUUGUGUUUGAAUGCGACCCUGGUUACACCUUGAGCGGCAGCCCCGAGACUCAGUGCCAAGAUGAUGGUAGAUGGGAUCCUCCUGUCCCUGUCUGUGAAAGAAUGCUGCAGUGUCCCUCUCCUCCAGCCAUCGCCAAUGGGAAGCCCAGAGGCCGGGACUUGGCAGUGUUCACCAGUGGAAUGUCCGUAAAUUACAGCUGUGAGCCCGGCUACUCCCUCACUGGGCAGGCAUCUAUUUAUUGUACGGCAUCCGGAACGUGGAGCCCUCCCCCUCCUCAGUGUGAAGAGGUUCUCUGCAUUGCCCCAGAAAUCCAGAGUGGAAGAAAAGUUGCUGGACGUGGACCUGUCUAUCGACCCAGGGAUACAGUUACGUUUGAAUGUGAUCCUGGCUACACCCUGAAUGGCAGCCGUCAGAUUCAGUGCCGAGAUGAAGGAACCUGGGAUCCUCCUGUUCCAGCCUGCACACAGGAGGUUCUCUGCAUCGCCCCAGAAAUCCAACAUGGAAGAAAAGUAGCUGGACAUGGACCUGUCUACAGACCCAGGGAUACGGUUAGGUUUGAAUGUGAUCCUGGCUACACCCUGAAUGGCAGCCGUCAGAUUCAGUGCCAAGAUGAUAGAACCUGGGAUCCUCCUGUUCCAGUCUGCAUACAGGUGAUGUGCAUAAGCCCAGAAGUGGAGAAUGGCAGAACAAAUGGGGUACUACAGCCUGCCUACAGACCCAGAGACAUCGUUGUGUUUGAAUGCGACCCUGGUUACACCUUGAGCGGCAGCCCCGAGACUCAGUGCCAAAAUGAUGGUAGAUGGGAUCCUCCUGUCCCUGUCUGUGAAAGAAUGCUGCAGUGUCCCUCUCCUCCAGCCAUUGCCAACGGGAAGCCCAGCGGUUGGGUCUCGGCAGUGUUCACCAGUGGAAUUUCCGUAAAUUACAGCUGUGAGCCCGGCUACUCCCUCACUGGGCAGGCAUCUAUUUAUUGUACGGCAUCCGGAACGUGGAGCCCUCCCCCUCCUCGGUGUGAAGAGGUUGUCUGCAUCACCCCAGAAAUCCAUCAUGGAAGAAAAGUAGCUGGACGUGGUCCUGUCUAUAGACCCAGGGACACGGUUACGUUUGAAUGUGAUCCUGGCUACACUCUGAAUGGCAGCCGUCAGAUUCAGUGCCGAGAUGACAGAACUUGGGAUCCUCCUGUUCCAGCCUGCAUACAGGCGUUGCGGUGUCCCCCACCUCCGGUCAUUGUCAAAGGGAAGCACAAUGCCAAGCCAUUGGCAACUUUCCCCAGUGGAACAUAUGUGAACUACAGCUGUGAACCCGGCUACGCCCUCCGUGGAGAGGCUUCGAUCUAUUGUACCACAUCUGGAACUUGGAGCCAUCCUUCUCCUCUAUGUGAAGGUGAAUGGAUUUUCGGUUGGCUUCUUGCCUUUGGCUAUGGCUGUGGUGUCCCAACGAGGUUUACCUUUGCUGAGCUGAAGAGCGAGUAUAAAAAUCAGUCUUACUUUCCUGUUGGGAAGACUAUAAACUAUACUUGCCGGCCUGGAUACAGCAGACAGCCGCAGAUACCACCCACUAUUACAUGCCUUCAGAAUCGAAGGUGGUCAGAAGCACUCAAGUUCUGUAAAAAGAAAUCGUGUGGUCAUCCCGGAGAGCCGGAGAACGGCAGAGUUAUUAUAACAGAUGCCCUCUUUGGGUCAACCGUCAACUUCACGUGUGAAGAAGGACACCGGUUGAUUGGACAGCCUUACAGACGAUGUGAGAUUUCUGGCAUGCAUGUUGCAUGGAGUGGUGAAGUUCCCAUUUGUGAGACAACGUGCAUAAGCCCAGAAGUGGAGAAUGGCAGAACAAAUGGGGUACAGCCUGCCUACAGACCCAGAGACAUCGUUGUGUUUGAAUGCGACCCUGGUUACACCUUGAGCGGCAGCCCCGAGACUCAGUGCCAAGAUGAUGGUAGAUGGGAUCCUCCUGUCCCUGUCUGUGAAAGAAUGCUGCAGUGUCCCUCUCCUCCAGCCAUCGCCAACGGGAAACCCAGCGGCUGGGACUUGGCAGUGUUCACCAGUGGAAUGUCCGUAAAUUACAGCUGUGAGCCCGGCUACUCCCUAACUGGGCAGGCAUCUAUUUAUUGUACAGCAUCCGGAACGUGGAGCCCUCUCCCUCCUCGGUGUGAAGAGGUUCUCUGCAUCACCCCAGAAAUCCAGCAUGGAAGAAAAGUAGCUGGACGUGGACCUGUCUAUAGACCCAGGGACACAGUUAGGUUUCAAUGUGAUCCUGGCUACAACCUGAUUGGCAACCGUCAGAUUCAGUGUCGAUAUGACAGAACCUGGGAUCUUCCUGUUCCAGUCUGCAUACAGGCGUUGCGGUGUCCCCCACCUCCAGUCAUUGUCAAAGGGAAGCACAAUGCCAAGCCAUUGGCAACUUUCCCCAGUGGAACAUACGUGAACUACAGCUGUGAACCUGGCUACGCCCUCCGUGGAGAGGCUUCAAUCUAUUGUACCACAUCUGGAACUUGGCGCCACCGUUCUCCUCUAUGUGAAGAGAUCAGAUGUGCAUUCCCAGAAAUUCAAGGUGGCAAGAAGGCAGUAGCAGGAACUACAUAUCGAUUUGGAACUAAUGUUACUCUGGAAUGUGACAACGGUUAUGUGCUGGAAGGCAGCAGUCUGAUACAGUGCCAACAUGACUUUACCUGGAAUCCUCCUGUGCCAGUCUGUAAAUCCAGUUCCUAUAACUUCAUCUCAGUAGUCCUCGGGAUCGUAGGUGGCGUGCUGCUGCUUCUCCUGGUUACCAUCAUUAUCUGGAGGAUUAUGUCUAAGCAGAAUGCAGGGUCGUUCAAACCAAGAACAAAACGCGAACGAGAUAUCCGUCACCGGGCCUUACUAAUGGAGUUGGCAUUGGCCCCGGCACCGGCACACCGACCCGAUCCAGCGCCGGGCGCGUCGUCGGUGCGCAGCGAUGCCCCAUCAACUACUCGGCACCGCUCCCCUGCUAAGAAGCAAGGGAAGACUCAGCGGUGCCAAGAAAAGGACAGGGGAGUUAUAGGAGCAGGUCUCAACACCAUCAGCACCGACGCUCAGACUCGAGUGAUCGCUCCGACAGGCGUCGUUCGCGAAGCACCCCUCGGCCGUCACCAGCACCUAGCUGUCGUAGCCAUGGUCGCCAUGGUGACUCUGGAAGCAGUACCUCUGAUGGGUACAGGUCUUCCUCGUCGAGAUCUAAAUCUCAAGGCCGGCACCGAUGCGGCCAUGGACGCUCCCGUCGCUUGUUCGGCACCGUGCGCUCAUCAGCGACGUCGGCCUCGGCACCCAGCCGCCCAUCCCCAGGCCGUGCCACCCUGCACGAUCAAGCGGCUCCGCUAG